AUGAGAAAAAUAAAAAGGAAAAAAUUAUCAAUUGCAGUUGCAGCCCGCUGCGAAGCGCGGCAGGCCCAUCUCGUAGGGGUUAAAUUUGAGAGCGUAGAGAGAACUAGGGUUUUACCAGUUCAGAGAACCACAACAACAGCAGCAGAAGGAGGAGCGAAGCGGCGACGCCAACAUCUCAUAGCCAUGGUUCUCAAAACUGAGCUAUGCCGCUUCAGCGGCCAAAAGAUUUACCCCGGCAGGGGCAUCAGGUUCAUCCGUGCCGAUUCUCAGGUUUUCCUCUUUGCAAACUCCAAAUGCAAGAGGUACUUCCACAACCGCCUGAAGCCUUCCAAGCUUACCUGGACCGCUGUGUUCAGGAAGCAGCACAAGAAGGAUAUUGCUGCUGAAUCUGUUAAGAAGAAGAGAAGGACCAACAAGAAGCCUUACUCAAGGUCCAUUGUUGGUGCUUCUUUGGAGGUCAUCCAGAAGAGGAGGGCUGAGAAGCCAGAAGUCCGAGAUGCUGCUCGUGAAGCUGCCAUUCGGUAUGUGUGCAUCAUGCCAUCUAUUCCUUUUGACCACAGGCUUGUGAGUGUAGCUUCUUCUUCAACUGAAGUUAUUUUUCUUUUUUCUGUUGGUUUGAAUGUUUGUAGUGAGAUCAAGGAAGGCAGCUGA